CAGCAGCCGCAGCACCAUCGGAUCCUGAUCUAUCACGUUCAACAAGCUCAUCUACCAAUCCAACAAACUAAAGCCCCACUUCCCCAGCAAACAAUCCCCCGAUAAGACAUUCCUCAAAUGGCGUCCCAGCUGGUCGAGAGCCACCGCGCCGGCGCCGAGGUCCUCAAGGGGGAUGAUAUCUGCAAGAAGAAGUGCGUCGAGCUUCUCGAAGAGCUCGGCCUCCCAAAAGGCCUCUUUCCUAUGGAUGACAUCGAGGAGGUCGGGUACAACCAUGAGAGUGGGUUCGUGUGGAUACUUCAAAAGAAGAAGAAGGAGCACACGUUCAACAAGAUCAACCAGACCGUCUCUUACGACACCGAGGUGACCGCUUUUGUGGAGAAGGGCAAGAUCAAGAACGUCACUGGGGUCAAGAUCGAGGAGUUGUCUUUGGUCGAGGUCUAUGUGGAUGAGUCUUCUGCUGAUAAGGUCAUCGUCAAGACCAACACCGGUCUGGCAGACACCCAUGAUGCAGCCGUGUUCGCUCUCGGAGAAUAGGGAGCUACUAGUUAAAAAGGCCAGAAGAAUAAAUUCAGUGAAUGGUUCGGCACUACAGUUCACGUGUUAUGCAGAAGUAUAUGUUUCCGUCUUCUUUGUAAUCUAAUAAAAGGCUGCUGGACCAAUGUUGCUUCCUUUCAGCCCGUAAGUGUUUGACAAAUGUAAUGAAUAACACGUAUACCCCCUCCUAUAUCCCACAUCGACCACUCUCAACCUCCCACUGUUGUCUCUAUCUUUGUGUGAGAGAGAAUUCAACAUGUACCAUGACAUGCACAAAAGAAUUCAGAAUUUGA